UAAUUUAAGUAAUAAUUAAGUGUUUGAUUUCAAAAGUUAACAUGGAAUUGGAAAGAUUACAAUUUCCAUUACUUAAUGAUACUUUAAACUACUUGAAUGUUGGAAUAACUGGAAAAAUUAAACAUAUUGUAAGAAAAAAAUACAAUUUGUUUAUUUUUCACUUGUUGUUGCAAGAAUGUGAACAUAUUAAUGAUGAGGAUAUUAAUUUAGCCUUAUUAAAUGAACCAAUUGUACCUUUGUCUAAUGUACAACCUGGCUCAUUACUGGCUUGUCUUCAUCCACAAAAUAAAAUUUGGAUGCGGUGUUAUGUUAUAUCUAUUUUGCAUAAUCAGGCUAAUGUUGCAUUUUGUGAAACUGGUGAAAUAACAAAAACAAAAAAACUUAAAGAUAUUCCAGAAAAGUAUAAAUAUAUACCUGUUAUUACAUUUGAAGCUGAGGUCAAAUGUAUUUGUCCUUAUGGAAAGUUACAACAUUUAAUGGAGAAUUUCAAAGAUUAUAGUGCAACAUUUGAAUCAUUUAUAAUGAAACUAAAUAAAGAAAUGUAUAAAACCAUGAAACUUUUUUUUAAGAAUACAUCUAUUGAUUUUAUUAUAAAAAACUGGGAUCUAGAGAAAUAUAUACAUGCUGAAGAAUCAAAUUAUAAUUCACUUAUGUUUAAAAAUGGUAGUUCUGUUGUUGUAGCUAAAGUAGAAAUUUUUGAUUGGAGGCAUAUAUUUGUUAGGAGUGUUGAUCAUUUUGUUAAUGUCUGUAAAGAAUUACAAAUACAUUGUGAAAAUGCCUCAAAUAUUUUAAGAAACCCCAUAGCAGGAGAUAUUGUUGCUGUUAAAUGCACAGAUAAAUUUUACAGAGGCAAAGUCAUCGACAUAUUAGAAAAUUCCUGUUUUUCUUUAUAUUUAAUUGAUAGUGGUUAUGUGAUAUCUGCUUCUAUUGAUUGCAUAGUUGAUUUACCCGACACUUUAAAAAAGAUUCCACCGACUGUAUGUUUAGUUGGAUUAAAAGAUAUAACUUUAAAGCCUUGGACACCUGAAGUAUUUUUGUAUAUUAAACAGUUAUUUGAAAAUUCUACAGUUAUGGUAUUGGAAUACACUGACUAUGAUCCUUUUGGUUUGGAUUAUGUAACCCUAACUAUUAUUAAUAAUAAUGAAGAUGUUAAUGAACAUAUUAAAGAACUUCUAAAAUUUGUGGAAAAUCCAUCAAGUGACAAUGAUCAUGCCAGUUUAAACUGUGUACAUGAUUCCAAUAAUUUUAUAAAUUUAAAAUCCAAUCAAGUUAUUCCUGUGAAAGUAAACUCUAGGGUGAAUUCAGCUAUGCCAGAACAAUUGGAAUAUUUUUUGCCGUCUGGCAGUACAGUUUACAUGACUGGUGUUGUAGAUCUUAAAGAAAUAUAUGUUAGGAAAUUAGAAGAUCACGAUGACGAUCAUGAAAAAUUCUUGGAUAUGGUUAAUGAAUUUUGUUCAUCAGCGCUACCAAUUAAUAGGCCUUUGAUAAUUGGGGAAAUUGUUGGAGCUCAGUCAAUUAUUGAUGAUAAUUUUUAUAGAGGUAAAGUUUUAAAAAAAAUCGACGAUGUUACUUAUUCAUUGCAGUUUAUUGAUUUUGGUGAUAAGGAUAGUGUGCCUUUGUCAAAAAUAUUUGAAAUUCCCAAACAUUUUAUGACUCCUUCAAAUGUGUUUAAAAUUACUUUAAAAGGAGUAAAUGAUGUUCCAUUGAAUGUAGAUGCCUUAAACUAUAUUUCCAAUUUAUUGUCAACUUAUGAACCAAUGAUAAUCGAAUUUUCUUCAGCACAACCCCUUACUGAUGUUUCUUUAAGAUUAGUGAAUGGCAAUGAGAAUGUGAAUGAAAGAUUAAAUGAAUUACUGGGUAAAAAUGACAGAACAUCAAUGGCAGAUGUAACAAAUCAACUUAAGUUAGAUAAUGUUCACAUAGACGAAAAUACAAGUAGUAAUAUAAAUGUACCUGUAUUAAAAAAAGGAGAUUCAGUAUACAUUACAACGUUCAUUAAUGUAUAUAAUUGUUAUGUUCGUAAAGUUGAAGACGAUACUGAUGAAUUUACUAAUUUUAUAGAAACUGUAAAUUUGUACUGUUCAGCUGAAACCCCUAUUGGAAAAUUACCAAAAUUAAAUGAUUUAAUUGGAGCAAAAUCAAUAGAUGGAUCUUUCUAUCGAGCAAAAGUUAUCAAAAAAAUUAAUGAUAAUAGUUAUGAUGUAAAAUUUAUUGAUUAUGGAAUUGAGGAGAAUGUUAGUUUAUCUGAUAUUGUUAAUCUUUCCACUGAAUUAAAACAGUUAAUUCCUACCACUAUUUUGGUUAAACUAAAAGAUGUUCCAUUCAUUAAAUUAAAUGAAGCAGCUCAUAAAUAUAUAUCUUUUAUUUCUGAAAAUGAUGCUUUGAUAAUAGACAUGAUAGACAACAACACAAAUGAAGUAAUACUAAAGACUGAAAAUAAUGAAAAUGUCAAUAGUCGUUUAAAGGAAUUAAUGUUUGAAGAUAAUAAGGAAAUAAACAUAAAUGAUUUGAUUGAAAAUGAAGAAGAGUUCAAAUCAGAUAAAUCUUUAUUAGAACGUGUUGUUCCUGUUUUGCAACCGGGUAGUAUAGUUUAUUUGACAGCUUUUAUUAGUAUGGAUGAAAUGUAUAUUAGAAAGUUAGAUGAUUAUGAUGAUGAAUUUCAUAAUUUAUUAGAAAAAGUUAAUGAAUUCUGUUUAUCUGCUAAACCCAUUGAUAGGCCUCUAGUAAUUGGUCAAAUUGUUGGAGCUCAGUCAACCUUAGAUGAUAGUUUUUAUAGAGGUAAAGUUCUAAAAAAAAUGGAUGAUGUCACUUAUUCAAUACAAUUUAUUGACUUUGGUGAUAAGGAUAAUGUACCUAUGUCAAAAAUAUUUGAAAUCCCUACAGAUUUUAUGGUUUCUUCAACUAUUGUUAGAAUUAAUCUUAAAGGUAUUAAGUCUCAUUCAUUAAGCAUUGAAGCAUCAAACUAUAUUACUAAUUUAUUAUCAACAUAUGAGCCAUUGUUAAUAGAUUUUGACAAUACAAUUCCUAUUAAAGAUGUAACUUUAGUAAUACUUAAAAAUAAUGAAAAUGUUGUUGAAAGCUUUAAUAAACUUCUCAAGGAUGAUGAUAAUGCUAAACCUAUUAGUAUUGUUGAAGAUGAACUUAUAAAAGAAGAAAUAGAAUUACCAGAUCUACCUUCAGCAUUUGAUGUUAUUGUUAAGGAUUCUAAGUUUAAUGAUGUAACUAAUAUUCUGAAAAAUGAAGAUAUUGUCUAUAUUACGGCAUAUAUAGACGUGCAUAACAUUUAUGUGCGUAAAUUUGAGGAUAAUACUGAAUUGCAAAAUCUUGUUGAAAGCGUCAACACUUGUUGUGCUUCAGGAAAGGCUUACAUAAAUAAAUCUCCAGAGUUAAAUGAAAUUGUAGGCGCAAAAAGUUCAGUCGAUGGAUCUUUUUAUCGUGCAAAGAUUAUUCAUACAAUUAAUGAAAAAAUGUAUGGAGUAAUUUUUAUUGAUUUUGGUUUUGAAGAAAGCGUGAAUGUUGCUAAUAUUGUUCCGCUACCUAUACAUCUACAACAGGUAACGUCUACUCUUACUCAAGUUGGGCUCAAAGGUGCAUGUUUUGAAGAACUUAAUUCAAGAGGUCAUGAUUAUUUAGAAAGUUUGAUGUUACUGAGUGAAUUAAUGAAAAUUGAGUUUGAAGAUUUAAGUAAAGUAGAGUUAACUGUCAUUAGCCAAAACUUAAAUGUCAUUGAUCAUUUAAACCAAUUACAUGAAGAUGAAGACUACAUCACAAUGGAUAAUACUAUUAUUAAUAAUUCUUUGAAACUCAAUUCUGGUAUGAAGUAUAUAUCUAAUGACAUCAGUGUUCCGCUAAUACCACCAUUGACUAAUAAAAGCAUAGUUACUAUUCAUGCAUUUAUUAGUCUGAAGGAUAUUUAUAUCACUUUGCCUUUUGAUAAAACUGAAGUUGAUAAAUUUUUAAAAGACUUUUCGGUUUAUUGUUUGACUUCUCAACCUAUUACCAAAAAUCCAGUUGUAGGAGAAGUUUUUGGAAUUAGAUCGUCUACUGAUAAUUCAUUUAACAGGGGUGCUGUUGAAGAAAAGUUGAAUGAAAAUCAAUACAAAGUGGUCCUCUUUGAUUUAGGUACUAAAGAUAUUGUAUCGGCAAAUAGUUUUGUGGAAAUUCCAGAACACUUAAAACAGGUUCCACGUACUAUUUAUUCGAUACGUCUCAAAGGUAUCGAUUCUGGAAUUCUCAACGCUCAAGCAAUGUCUUAUGUGAAUAUGCUCUGUGAAAACCUGCCUUUAAUUAUUGAAUUUGACGAGAAAAGUCCAAAUGGAUUAAAUGCUGUGACGUUAACUACUAUUAAAACUCAACAAAAUGUUAACAAUCAUCUGAUAAAGCUUUUGGCUCAAAAAGAAAGAGAUUCGCCAGAAACAGUACAGAUGUUAAGUAAAGGAGAUAUAGUCUAUAUUUCAACGUUUGUGGAUCUACAUGCUAUUUACGUUAGACGUAUUAAUAACGGCACGGAUAAAUUUAAAUCAUUCUUGGAGAAUUUUUCAUCUAGCUGCGCGUUAGAAAAUCCUAUUGAAAACGAUCCUAAAGUUGGUGAAAUAAUUGCGGCAAGAGAACAAAAUGGAACUAAAUUUUACAGGGCUGAAGUUAUUUCUAGAGUAGACAAUAACAAUUUUUAUGUCUGUUUUAUUGAUUUUGGAUCCUGGGAUACUAUACACAAGAGUAAUAUAGUACAGCCAUCCGAAUCGCAGCUUCAAAAUUGUCCGCCUACGUUUAUGGUCAGUUUGCAUGGACUAGACGCAGAACAUGCCAAUACCACAAUAUUGCACUAUUUAAAAAAUAUCAGUCAAACAGAUACAUUUAUAAUUGACUCUAUCACUGAACAAAACCAAGUCGUAUUGAUAUCAGUUAACACACAACGCAAUAUAAAUAAAGAAGUAAAGAAACUUUUAGACAACAGACAUAUUGAGCAACACAUUCAAAACGAUGUAUAUGCCAAAUCUGAUAUUAAUAUAGAUACUGAAAAAUGCGUAAUCAAGUAUCACAAACUGCCUUUGGAUGUUCCCACUCAGGUUUGGGUCGCCGAAAAAAUAUCAUCUUCGAGGUAUUCUGUGCACACGUAUGAAAGUCGUCUUGAAUUCAUACAAUUAGAGAAUCAAAUCUUUGAAGACAGUAAAUCAUUCGAAUCUGUUAAAUCCAUCAGUGUUCAUAUGCCGUGCAUCGUGUAUUUCAGUCCUAGUUGGUAUCGUGGAGAAGUGCUAGAAGUAAUUGAUAAAACCACAGCAAAAGUUGGUCUCGUGGACGUUGGAAAUUUCAGUGUGGUUCGCAGCGUCAAAGAAAUUUUCCACAUGCCGUCGAAAUACAAAGGAAAAUCACUGUUAGUGAAUAUUGAGAUACAACCAGAACCGCAAGAAAAAUUAUCAAUCACGACGUUCAGAAUCGUUGCUAAAAGACACUUGGACAAUGUUACAGAGGUAGAAGUAUUGCUGGGAUCUACAGUAGAUCAAUCUUACGACGAUCUGGAUAAUGUCGGGCUACCGUCAUUUUCUUCAACCCCCAUUCCUGAAGAUUCCGGGCAGUUUCAGUUCGACAACAGCCGCAACGAACCAAACUUACUAUGUACGACACUUUGUCGAGAAACUACUGAUGCCACCGAGCACAGCGAGCGAUUUUCUAACAUGUUAACAAUCAAAGACGUACAGUACGCAAAAUGGUUAAAGGGCGCUGUGAAAACUUUGACGUUCUUGUGUGUUAACGGUGACUGUUUGAUGAUGAGGGACCAUCUGAUUGACGAUACACUGACGGAUUUGGAAUCUAAAAUUCAAGAGUACUGUGUGACUGCUAUCGAUCCGCUUUACACACCGGCCGAAAACGAACUUUGUCUGGCCAAGUAUGUCGACGAGUUGUGGUAUAGAGCUAUAUGUGUGAAAACUCCCAACGAUGUGGACAAAAAUGACAAUAAUUACAUGAUCUAUUUCUUGGACUGGGGAUUAGAGUAUUUAACUAAUGUCAAAGACAUUUGUAAAAUACCCAAGGACUUUAUCUAUCUUCCAGCGGCAGCACACAAGUGUUACGUAAAAGAUGCUCCUUUAUCGAAGUGGAGUGCCAACACAAUGCACGUGGUAUCCUCUGAGCUCGGUCUACAACAGUUGCUAUGUACGAUCGACGAUAAACUAUCAAAUGACAGUUACAUAAUAUCCUGUGCUUCCAUCAAAGACAUAUUCGACACGAAUCCGCAGUGAGUAGCCGAAAUGUGAAGUAAUCUACACAUAAAAUUGCAUUCGAUUCGUCCCUAAUUAUAGUGAAUAAAAAUUUUGAUACUUAAUUAUUUUAUAUUCUUAAAAAUAGUACUUAAAGUGUUUUAUUAAU